AUGACUGAAUUCUCAUUCCGUAUGGAUAGGGAGGGUAUGAAGCCGUUCUACGAAACCGAUCAAUCAGGGUUAGCGCCUUCCACUGCCACUCAACCGACUUUGAGCCAGGUCACUAGCACGUCGAAUCUGGCAGUCUUGACCGACAAUCCUUCUCAGUCUGGCGUCUCCAACGAUAAAACGUUUUCACAGACGCUCAUGUACCGCUUCUCUGGCAUGCAAAUCGUAGCAAAAUCCCUAACCAGCGCCACGACUGAUGGCGGUGAGGAUGAAGCAGUCGCUAAGCAGCACAUGACUCUUCAGCAAGCGGAACAACUCCUGCGUGGCAAAAACCAGGUCCCUUUGCAAGGCAUCGAGUUUCUCCGGUACAGUGCGAGAAAGCCCCGCGUGUGGUGCUAUCGUGUCUACAAACGUUCCUCCGGCAAGUUGAUAGGACUCCAAAGCUGGCGGUCCAGCCCAGAAGAUUUGGUGCAAGACUUCAAGAAGGAGUCCGAUCCCGAGCUGAUUGCUGGAGCUACUUGCAUCUGGCAUCAUCUGGCACGGAUGAAAGAGGGGGAUUGGAAGUCUAGCGCCUCUUUCGAAGAGUUCUAUCGUAACCAUACGGAUGAAGGCUCGUAUCGGCGCAAACGACAGCGAAUUCACUGA